GUUAUCUUCAAAUUCGUUUUACUCAUGCCGAAUGCUUUCUCUCUCUAGAACUCUGCUCGAGAUUUUCGUCAUCCGUACAGCAUUUUUUUCGUAAUAACAGGAUUCGGAGAUUUUAGAUUUUGGAUGUGGUUAAAGAUUCUUCAAUUGCUACUAAAAAGUGCGAUUCUUCCUACCGGAGCAAUCACGAUGAUCCGAUGAAUCUUGAAAUUCAACUUCAAAAAUUACAAACAAAGCAGCCUUUUUUCCGAUUAGCAACAUUCGUUUCUGGAUUCGUUUUUGUGUGGAUAGCUUCUAUUGGUUGAAAGUGAGAAUGCUGGAGACAGAAUCUUGCCCAUCGAGGGUAUUAUCGCCUUUUCGGGACGAAAGUGGCGAUGAAGAGCUGUCGGUUCUUCCGAGGCAUACAAAGGUUGUCGUGACCGGUAAUAACCGAACAAAGAGUGUUUUGGUGGGUCUGCAGGGUGUUGUCAAGAAGGCUGUCGGGCUUGGUGGUUGGCAUUGGCUGGUCCUGAAGAACGGGGUUGAGGUGAAGCUCCAAAGAAAUGCUUUGAGUGUGUUAGAACAUCCUACCGGGAACGAAGAAGACGAUGAUUACGAAUUUGAUUAUUCGAGCAGUGGCUCUGAUAUUGUCGAGAAGGACGAUCAUCGCUUUUCUUCCGCCUUUCACUUCAGUAAGAUCAGCAAGCCUAGAGUUCGGUAUAGUAGACCGUGGUCGCCAUCUGCAUCCACAAAGUCGGUGAAUCGCAGUAAUUGCAGAGAAGUUCUGUCCAAAUGUAACGGAACCAAAUUGAGAGUUAAUUUGGCGAAGCUUGGAACUGGAUCAUUAUGGAGAUAUACGCGAACCUUCCAUCUCGCACAUAUUAGUCCUAACCCUACAAAGGAGCAGCUGGUUCAUGCCAUCCAACAACAUUUUUCAUCACAGCGCGUGGACGAGUUACAAGUGAUUGUGGAAUUUAUCCGAGCGGCCAAGAGACUACAUUCAGUCGGCGCGAAUUGAGUAACUGCAAAAAAGGUGAAUCAUGAGUUUCUUAAAUGCCUGUAAUAUAAAAUGUAUCUAGCUACUAGUACAUAUACUGAAGGAUAAUCCUAACUCCCUAGUACUACUACUUAUUUCCAUCUCUAGUUAAAUUUAACUACUAGUGUAGAGAGAGAAAGAGAUAGAGAGACCAGGUGUGUGUGUGUGUGUGUGUGUGUGAGAGAGAGAGCUUUUUUUAUGAUCUUCAACACUAACCUCUGUAUUAUGGCCAUUUAAUUAUAUUGUGCUCUUUAUACGGUGCAAUUAAUUAAUGUUUAAUGUGGUUGAUUA